GUCAAACUUUGUAUAAAUGCUCGUGGUUCUGUAGACGCGUUGCCUAUCAACAUAUCAGCCAAUAAAACUUCAUCCAAGUCAUUUGAAAACGCAAACAAUGUUUGUAGCAAUCGCCUUUCUUUCAUUCCUGGAGGUAGUUCUCGUCUGCUCGCCUGUUCGCACUGGGCAAGAGAAGCAUCUUAUUCUCCGAAUAACUCAUAUGGAUAAGAUUCCCGUGGAAUUUGCGUGGGGUAAAGCUAUCAAAGGUAUAGCUGCAACCGAGAACGAUGCAAAGAGGAAUUUGAAAAAAGCGGUCAAGAAAGCGAUAGUUAAAACAGUCAAGCAAGAAGCAAAAGCAGCUGGAGUCGACGAGCGUCGUACCACUGACUUGGGUUCUCAGUUCAAGCCAACAAUAAUUGACUAUGAUCCACUGCACUGUGACAACAAGAUAACACCAACAAAAAACCCCACCUGUGCAAGAAAUACUGUGGACUGGUGCUGCUCUGCCACAAACAACAUGAUUGACAAGAUACAAUUCCCAGGACAAAACGCAACAACUCCAUUACGAGAAUCCUACAAAACUGCACUUGUGGAUCUCAGUAUUGGGAAUGCUCAGGCGGCAAAAUGGACGAAAGAGCAGUGGGCAUUCAAAAUGGCAAACGUUGAGCGGAAUCUGGGGAAUGACAAAGACUAUGGAGAAGCUUUCAGAAGUGUCUACUGAAAGUCCUUGGAGUGACAUGACUAAGCACUGCGGAAACAGUUUGAAUGAAGUUUGAGAAGCAAUA